UCACACCCUUUUCGGCUGGUCGUAUAGUGAACGAAGCAGAAACCUCCAGAAAUUCAUGACGGUGGCCAUCGCCCAUCACCAAUCACAGCAAAAUUUAUGGCCCGUUAUUCAAUAAAGCUCCCAGAUCUCUCCCAUUCGAUAACUAUUUGUUUGUGUCUUAAAGAAAAAGAUAAAGUCCUUCACCAUGAAGAAUGAAGGAGGAGGCAGUUCAGGUGUAACAAGUGCUGUGAAGCCUACAAAUUUUGCGCUUCUUUCAGAAGGUUGUGUGUCGUAUAUUUUAUCACAAACCUCACCUCGCGAUGUGGGUAGAGCGUCUUCGAUUUCUAGGGGUUUCAAGUGUUUCGCUGAUUCCGACGCCGUUUGGGAGCGAUUUUUGCCGGCCGAUUACCUGGACAUCAUUGCUCGAUCGGUUUCUCCGGUGGUUUACUCAUCCAAGAAAGAAUUGUACUUUCGUCUGUGUGAUUCCCCGAUCCUUCUGGAUGAUGGCAACUUGAGCUUCUACCUUAAUAAAAAGAAUGGGAAAAAAUGUUUUAUGUUAGGAGCACACGCGCUUUCAAUUGCAUGGCAAGACACUUUAGUUUUCUGGAGGUGGAGAUCUUUAACUGAAUCAAGGUUUUCAAAGGUAGCGGAGCUUUUAGCUGUGUGUUGGCUUGAAAUAAAGGGGAAUUUCAGAACAAAAAUGUUGACAUCAGCAACUAGUUAUGCAGCAUAUCUUGUGUACAACAUUGGAGAGAUCUCACAUGGGCUUGACUUCACAGGGAAGACAUUGGUGAGACAUGUUGGUGGAGAUGAUGAUGAUGAUGACGUGGCAAAGACUGUUUACUUGAAACCACCAAAAACGGGUGGUGGUUUGCAGGAUGGGUGUAGAGAUGGGGAAGUGAUGAUGAUGGGUGGGGGCCCACAGAGGCGGGUGGAUGGGUGGAUGGAAAUUGAGUUGGGGAGAUUUUAUAAUGGCGAGAAUGCGAUUGAUGAUGAAGUGGAGAUGUGUUUUAUGGAGACACGUCAGCUUCAUUGGAAAUCUGGCCUCAUUGUUGAAGGUAUUGAUAUUCGGCCUAUAGAUUGAAGAAAUUAAGCGGGUUGUUAUUGUAGUCAUUCAUUUGAGCGUAAGCUGAGAGAAGGGUAUUUUGGUCAUUUCAAAUGGCUGCAAAAGGGAAAGCCUAGAAUAGAAGGAAGCCUUGAGGUUAGAAAGAGCUGGAUGAAAAAAGAAGCAAGCUAUCUAUAUCUAAUGACUCAUAGCUUUCAAAAUUCUGAAUGGGGUUUUGAAGGAAAUUCAAUAAAUUGCACUAAAAGGAAAAUCCCUCUUGUAAUACUCUUACUAAUGGAAGAAAGCUUCCAUGCUUUUGGAUUGAAUCUUGGAAUGUGGGUUUUAUUAGCGUCA